UGUCCAAUCAGGAAAGGCCUUGUUGAGAAAGACGCCGGCCCUGUCCAAUCAGUGGCUGCAGUCUUCCAACAGGCGGAACUUUGAUGGAGGUGGGACUUCCUGUUUCAAAUAAACACUUAAAGAGGUUUUCCCCCCCUCCGCCCACCGAAGUGUGUCCACCUUUGGAGGUCGGUUGCCGUUUUUCCGUGAGGGAGUUAAGGAAGUCACGUAUACCAGAGGGCACGAUUAAGAUCUGGGCCAACUGCAAAGGUCUGGCUGGAGGCUCAGGGCCGCAGGACCAGGCUUUGGCUGUUUUCUCGACUUUAGGGCCCCAGCCGGUGCUUUGGCCGUCAGAGCCAAGUUGGAAGGAGAUUCUGAGGAGGCUUCGCCUUGGGCCUGGAGGAAGCUGACCCUUCUCGCCGUGGCCGGGCUGCAAGAUCUACGGGUGGCCUUGGGCUCGAAAGCCUGUCAAAUACGGGAAAGGGCCUGAGGAUUUGCUAGUUGAGGGGAAAGCUUUGGGGAACGAGGCUGUCUGGAGAAUGACAUUCUCCUCUCCACAGCAGUCCGAGGUUAUGCGACUCGAUGAUCCCGCGGAAACGCUACGGAUCUAAGAACACAGAUCAGGGUGUCUACCUGGGUCUCUCAAAGACACAGGUUCUGUCCCCUGCAACUGCUGUCAGUAGCAGCAGCGACAUCACUCCUUUGCCCACCCCGGUGGCCCUGGUCCCUUCCCCUCCCGACACCAUGUCCUGCCGGGAUCGGACCCAGGAGUUCCUGUCUGCCUGUAAGUCGCUGCAGAGCCGUCAGAAUGGAAUCCAAACAAAUAAACCAGCUCUACGGGCUGCCAGACAACGCAGUGAAUUUACCCUUAUGGCCAAGCGCAUUGGAAAAGAUCUCAGCAAUACAUUUGCCAAGCUGGAGAAGCUAACAAUCUUGGCAAAGCGCAAGUCCCUCUUUGAUGAUAAAGCAGUAGAAAUUGAGGAGCUAACAUACAUCAUCAAACAGGUGAGCUGCUAGCCAUCAGGAGAGCCCAGCAUUCUAAUUAGAUUACUUCCAUCAUUUUCCAUCGCCAUGAAUCCCCAGGGUAAGUAUCUAGACCCAUGUCCAAACACCCUGCUCCUCCACUGAGUCCAUAGACACUUAGGAUCAUCUAGCAUUUGUAAAGUACUGUUCUGUAUGCUGAUGGAACAAAUGAGAAGCAAGAUUAUUGUCUUUAAGGGUUCAUUCUUCUUAAGAGUUACCCAGCAUCAGGAGCCUAGGCUUAAAAUGAGUAAGUGAUAGUAUAGAAAAGAUUUUACAAAAAGAUGAAUGAAAUAGUAUGCUGGGAAAGAUUGACAGAGGAUAUGAAAUCUGAACUGGAUUCGGAGGUUAUAUAGAGGAAAUAGAAGGACUUACCAGUCUGAGGAGUUUAUUUACAGAGGUGUUGAUUAGAAAAGGGGGAAGGUCAGCUGAGAGUAGUGAUGAACACCUUUAAUCCCAGCACUCUGGAGGCAAAGGCAGGCAGAUCUCUGAGUUCUAGGCCAGCCUGGUCCACAGAGUGAGCUCCAGGACAGCCAGAGUUGUAAGUUUAUUCUCUAUAAUUACCUUACGUUUGUUUGAUUUCAUUCCCUGUAUCCUUUCUACUUUUCUAAAAGAGAAGGAAAAAACAAAGGGGCAGGGCAAAAGAUUUGCAGAUACCUCAGGAGCAGGUUCUUUGUUUUGGUUUCAAGACUCUAGAUAUAUAGCCCAGUCUGGUAUUUUUGUUUAAGUCAGGGUUUCUCUGUAUAUCCCUGGCUGUUCUGGAACUUGCUGUAUAGACUAGGUUAGUCUUGAACUUAGAGAUCCGCCUGUCUCUUGUCUUCUGAGUACUGCAAUUAAAGGCAUAUGCUACCAUUCCUGGCUACAUGGUGGUGGUUAAUUUGUGAUUUUCCUGCCUCAACCUCCCAAGCACAGGGAUUAUAUGAUGUAUCAUUAUGCCUGCCCAGGAUUUUUCUUUCCUCUUGUUCACAGGUGUAUUACAAGUGUUUAUAAUAGUGACUGGCCUGAUUGUUGGUUGCCCAAAUGAAUGACUGGCAAGAUGUUGGUUGUUGACUGAGUGGCUAGUUGUAAAGAGCAUUGUGGACCUUGAUAACAAGUGUAGAAUCAUGUGUCUGGGUAAUAUGUCGAGUCUGAUCUGGAACAUGGAUUGGGUGGGAUAGAAGUUAAGGAGCCACUGGUAUGGCUGUAUAGUACAAAUAUGGUGGCAGAGGUCAAAGAACAGAUCCACUGGGGCUGGAGAGAUGGCUCAGAGGUUAAGAGCACUGGCUGUUCUUCCAGAGGU